AUGUUACCGCACAGGAUGCAGCGUCUGAGGUCCUUUAGCGCAGUCUUUCCACGUGAGGACGCAGACCCCGAGAUGGGCAGCCCCUGCUUCGGUGGCAGCACCCAGACGUCCUUUGGAAUAACAGCAGAACUUGGAAAUCAGGCCAUGGUGCUUGGCAGGAACAGAGAAGAAGCAGCAACUUGGCAGGCAACAGGCUGCAGAGGUUCUAACUGUGCUGGUCUCCACGGUUCACUGUCUGGCACCCAAACCCGUGGUGCUCAUGUGGACAUCAAAAACAACCCCCACAAGGUAGAGUUGAUCUUGGAACUUCAGGGGGCUGUGGACUUGCAGGUGAUUCUAGAAUAUGACCUUGGGUUCGUGGCAGAGAACAGCACCAUGGUUACGGGAUUUGUGCUGGUGGGGUUCCAGCUGCAGGCAGAGCUGCAGAUGGGUCUCUUCUUUGUGUUUCUGGCCCUUUACCUCGUCACCGUGGGGAGCAACCUCGGCAUGAUGGUGCUAAUUCAGAGUGACCCUCGGCUCCAGACGCCCAUGUACUUCUUCCUCAGCCACCUCUCCUUCCUGGACAUUUGCUACUCUUCUGUUAUUGUCCCUCAGUUGCUUGCGACUUUGGGGACAGAUAAGAAGGUCAUCACCUAUGAGCACUGUGCCAGCCAGUUCUUCUUUUUCACCUUCUGUGCUAGCGCUGAAUGUCUCCUUUUGGCCGUGAUGGCCUAUGACCGCUACGUGGCUGUGUGUAACCCCCUGCUCUAUGCCACGGCCAUGACACCACACACCCACCUGGGGCUGGUGGCUGGGGCAUAUGCUGGUGGCAUGGUCAAUUCCAUGGUCCGCACUGGGUGUACCUUCUCCAUCUCCUUCUGCAAGUCCAAUCGUGUAGACUUCUUCUUUUGUGACCUCCCACCCCUGUUGAAGCUUGCUUGUAGUGAAACUAGGCCACAGGAGCAGGUAAUCUACAUCUUAGCUUUCUUGGUCAUCACAACCAGCAUUUCAGUGAUUCUUAUAUCCUACCUAUUCAUCAUUCGGGCUAUUCUGAAGAUUCGUGCAGCAGGUGGCAAAGCUAAGACCUUCUCCACCUGUGCGUCUCACAUGGCUGCAGUGGCUCUUUUCUUUGGGACACUCAUAUUCAUAUACCUGAAAGGUAACAUGGGCAGAUCCCUUGGGGAAGACAAGAUUGUGUCGGUAUUUUACACUGUGGUUAUCCCCAUGCUAAACCCAAUCAUCUACAGCCUGAGGAACAAAGAAGUAAAGGAGGCUAUGAAGAAAAUUUUCAAUAGGAUGAGGGUUUCCCAAGCAGAGUAA